AACUGUUUUCAACUGAAUAGACGUCAGUGAUUAGUAGAAAUUAUCGAAAUAAGACAAUUUUUCAACAUUUAUGGUUAUUUUUAAUUUUUGCAUGAAUGUAAAGUGAAUAUUAAAGACUGGAUGGUGACGGUUGGAACGUCUUUGAUCAUAGAUCUGAUAUUUCGGGGUUGACAAAGUUUUUAUUAAACACCAGCAAAGUUUUAAGUAAAAACAUUUAAAAGUUGUCUGCUUCUUGAAGUAAUUUUUGCUUUCAAAAUCGCAACGUGCCUGAUGCAUGCUGGGUAAAUGACAUUGACGAUAUGUCGCAAGAUGGCGUCUGACAGUGAGGAUUUAGAAGACUUGGAAGCUUUGAGGCAAGCUGCUCUUGCAACAGUGAAAGCACGAACAAAGGAUGUUCCUGCUUGUGAUGAGUCUAUUGCUAGUAAAGUUUCCUUUGGAAAUGAAGACGGUGAUGAUGAUCUUAUAGCACUUAGAGAAGCUGCAUUGAAAAGUAAGGGACGUACAGCUACUGUUGAUCAGGCAGAUAAAGCAAAAGACAUCUUUCUUAAACAGAAACACUCAAAAAAGAAUCCUCAACAUAAAUUGAAUCCUUACACUUCACAGAGAAAUGGUAGCUGGAGAAAAACAGCAUCAGAGCGCCGCCAAAGGCAUUUGAUUGUUAUUCCACUAGAAUCUUCACGUGCUGGUUCUCUGGGGACUGAGGAUUCAGCUUCAAGUUUGAAAGUUGUGGUUCCUCCAGACAAUCUGGCUAGUGAGCCAUGUGACAGUAAGUCAACAAAAGAGCAAUCUGACUGCACAACAGAAUCUACGACAGACGAAUCAUGUCUUGUCAAAAAAAGAAAGGUUGGGAAAUUUAGUCGUUAUGAUGCUGAUGAAGAUUCCGAAAGUGAUGAAUCUGUUUUAGAUUCUUCUGAUCUCUCCUCUCCUACAGUAACCCAUGCUGCAAACAACAACAGUAAAUUAGAAUCUGACUCUGAUUCAGAUUGCUGUCUUUCACUCACCUUAGACACCCGAAUUGUCACUCAAGAACGACCUCUGGAGAAAGAUGAGAAUUCUGACACUGAAAGAACUGUUGAUAGUAUUUUGUUUGAAGAUAAACUUUCAGACUGUUUAUUACAGGAGUAUGAUGAACCAUUGUUGGACAUUGAAGAAAAUGGUGAUAUUGAUGAUGCGAUUGAGGGGAAAUCACCUGAAAACCUCACCCCAGAAAUUCCAUGUUCUGAGUUACUUGAUGUUGAGCCUCUUGAUGCUGAGCCACUUGAUUUGGAACCACUUGACGGAGGACAUUCCACAGGACUUGAAGUCUUUGAGGCAAGGAAACGCAAGUUUGAUUCUACCAAAGAAAUAUCACAUUCUGAAUUGAAAAAAACUAUCUCUCUGAAGGGCAUUGUACCUAAAUCUAGAAAACAUCGUAAACACCACCGAACAAGUGAUGCAUUACAUUCCAGCAGUGAAAAGGAAUCAAUAUUACACUCACGUGAUCUGAGAGAACGAAAUUAUGAUGAGGCUGAUACUUCAAAGCCUUUAUCAUUUGUCAGUCAACAUCGAAGAGAGCGUGGACAUCGAAGAGUCCACAAACGCUCACGUAGCCGCAGUGAAAGCAAAUAUGGUGGCGGAAGUUUAUCUGAUGAUGUUAGCCAAUCAUUACAGAAAAGAGAGAAAGUGUCAGUUCGACAAAGACGGUCUGGGAGUAGUUCUAGUAGUAAACGUUUUGUUUACCCUGUCUCAAAUAAUGAGGGUAAGCAACGAAAAGUUAUUCAGAAGGAAGAUGGCAGUAGUUGGGCCUGUCGUAAAAUUAUUACAAGUAAAUAUUUAUCUGAUCAAAGUGACUCUGAGGAAUGCAACGAGAACACAUUUUUAAAAAAACAUUGUCAGUCAAAUUCUCGCAAAUUUGAUCUUUUGGACUCAGUUAGUUCUGUUAAACAGGAGCACAAACCAAAAUCAGUGCUAGCACAUAACAGAAUUCAAAGUAAACACUCAACUGUGAGAGGUUGGAUUAGCCUUAUGGAAGAUCGAUCAAAAAGAAAAAGGAUUACUAAAGAUACUAGCCGACAACUACAACAGACCAGUGAAGAUCAGACUUAUUUAGAAAGGCCACCUAAAAGCCCAGUGGUGAACAUUACUUUCAACUCAGGUAGUCAUACUUUUCAACAGAAAGAUAGUGUGGAAGAUAGGUUGUCUGCACAUCAGCGGUUAGGGGUAGUAUCAAAAUCAAAACAAGAGUCUUUUGAAAAAAGCAAAGACAAGCACCACAGUAAAAAGGAGAGCAAGAAAACCAAAAUAGUGCUACAUUGACCACAGCCUGGUUCUCCACCUUGCCACAUCAUUUUUCAGGAUUGUUCUAAGGAAAGUGAACUUGAUCGAAAAAUCCAACGUAUUCAAGAAAUGAAUGCUGCCAUUUUAAAGAGACAACAAGAAGUGUUGAAAGAUAAAGAGCAGUAUGGUUGAAUAUGUAGAUCGUAAAUUACUGGAUUAGUAAAAAAAAAAGUAAAGAUGAACAAAGAAUAUAAACUUAACUGAGAGUGAUAGAAAUAACCUGAAUAACUUGUUUAAACAAUACAGUUAACUAAGAUCUAUUCUUUGAGAUUAUUUUGUGUUUUUCCUCUAGGUGACCAACAUGUCGAUAAUGUUUGCUUAGUGUCUGAGGAAAGGACUUGACUAUGUAUAAUCUCUCUAUCUCGCUAGCCCUCUCUUUUCUUUUCAUCCCUCGUCUCUCUCUCUUUCUCUCUCUCUCUCUCUCUCUCUCUAUCUCUCUCUCUCUCCCUCUUUCUUUCUUUCUCUCUUUCUAUUAAUUUAUUCAGGUUACUUGACUGAAGCGAAACUCUAAGUUUCUGAAUAUGUAACUUAUAUUUCUGGAAUAAAUUCUUGGGCAGAAAAAGAAUAUCUCAGUUCUAAAAAAAAAAAAAGUUAAAAUAAAGCAAUGAUUGUUUUUUUAAUUGAGAUGUCUCUUACCCAUUACAUUGCUAAAGUUUAAAUAGGUGCCUGUUUAUCAGUAAGAGAAAUGUUCUAUAGUAUUAGUUUUACUUAUAGACCAACUUAGUCAUCGUUUGAAGAAGGUGAGGUAAUCAAAUGAGUGUUUAGCAUCCUGUAAGAUCAAGAUAUUGUGCUGAAUAUUAAUUAAUGCCUUAAAAUUAAAUUAAAUUGUUUGCAAUUUAUAGAUUUCAAUUCUGAAGCUUUUACUUGCAUUUAUGAACUGCCUCUGAACAGGUUCCUAUUCACUCUUCUAUUUUAGUCUUCUUCAUAAUAUCAGAAUGCAUUUUCACAAUAAAUGCAGACAGGAAACAAUUUUGUAAGAAUGUUAUUAAUAACACUGAAAAUUUACCAAUAAAAAUGUGCGCAUGUGUGUAUAUAUAAGAAAUAAAAUAUUUUUUAAUCUAUUUUUUUAUGAAGUGCUGGAUGUGAAAUGUGAUAUAUCUAUAUAUUUACAUAUAUAUUUUUAAGCAUUAGAUAUUCAUGAGUUAGUUGUAUUUCAAAAGGAUUUAUAUUGUAUUCAUGCUUUGAUUUUUUUUUAAUUUGUUAUUGGCUGUUUGUCAAUUUUUGCUAAGCUAAUAUUUCAAUUUCAUUGAAUUAUUUGCUUCAUCAAACAAUAAAAAAAUGAUUAUUCAAAAUUCAAAGGAAUAUAUUGAUGUACUAUAAGCCUUUUAAUUUUGUACUUGAAUCUCUCUCUCACACACUCACACAUAAAUAUUUGAAAAGUUGGAGUGUAUGAACAUUUGUUAUUUUGUAUAUAUAUAUAUAUAUAUAAGCAUGCUAUUGUGUUGAGAAGAGUAUGUUUAUUUUGAAAAAUGAAUCUGUUAAUAUUUAGAUUAGUGUGGGGUUAAAUUUUCAGUAUUAUGAUUGUUGUAAUUAUGAAAUCAUUUUCAUUAGCAUUUUUAUCAAAUAAUAGCAUUUUCUGUCAUAUAUAUGUAUCUCAAUCAUCAUUAUCUGUAUGUAUGUGUGUGUGGAAUUGAAUGGACAUUUGCAAACUCUUCUAACCAGUGCUGAUGUGAAAUCUAGUCAUAUUUUCUUAGAAUUGUUUUAAAGUUCAAAUAUUAAAAUCGAAACAGUGUAUUUGUGAUUUACUUGGUGCAAGUAUUUUUGUUUUUAAGAAGGAAAUUUAAAUUAGAUAACAUUUUCGAUUUCAUUUAUUGUUGUGAUUAUUACCAGAUUGAACAAACCUUUGAUUAAAGGGAUUCCAGCCAUGUCACUCAUGAUUUUUUAGGGGAUAAUUUGAGGGAGAUUUAGCUGCUAUUUCUCACAAGUUGAUAGACCACACAAUCACUGAUUUCUGUAUGUACAUCUGUGUGAGAUGUAUGUGUUUGUGUGCAUUGUCUAAAGCAAGCCAAAUGUUAAAAAUUGUUAAAUCAGUGAACAAAUUGAUUAAUUGCUGUUAUUAAUUUUGAAAAUAUUACAAGUUUUAUAGAACAAGAAUUUGUAAGACAAAUUUUAAUCCUCAUUUGUAGCCUAAUCACUUCAUUUUUUUUUAAUGAUGCAAUUUUUAAUCUUGUAUAUCUUUUGAUCAUACAUGUAGAUUUGGUUGAUUUACAUUUCGUAAAAUAUUUUUCUUGUUUCUUUUAUAUAACAGAUUAAUAUAUAAUUAUUUUGCUGUACAUAUUUGUUUCCCUCAUUAUUGUUCUUGUUGCUAUUAUCAUUAUUAUUAUUUUGUUGUUGUUGUUAUUCCUUUUGUAUUUCCUGUUUUAUAUGUUGUAGGAGCAGGUCCACACUAUGGACCUGAGGUACUAUAGAAAAAAUAUCACUUGAUUGACAACACUCUCUGUAGUAUGUGAACUGCUCCAGAUUGUUUGAUCUGUGUUGAUGUUGAUUUUUGCAAGAGAUACUGUUGCUGAACUUUUCCAUUCUCUUCUUCGUGAGUCCUAGUGCUCUUUGUGACCUGUUAUUAUUUUGGUCUUCAUAUUCCACAUCUUUUUGAUUUGAUCUCCAGUCAUUUGUAUUUGAUCACUGUCUCUGACUCUCAUGGAGGUGUUUCUUUCAGAAAGUAUUGCAGUGUUGGCAAAGUAUAAAUACUCUGUCCGUGGCUUUUUGACUUUUUUCUUUCUGCCAAUGUCGAUGGGCAUAUCCCAGGAGAUGAUGGCAACAUUGUCAUCACUGACCAUGUUUAGUUUAUGAUCUCACCAAUUUUUAUUAUUUAUGAUAUUUGUUCUUACUUACUUAAUUUUAGUAUGCAAGCAUGGCAGUGUGGUUAAGAAGUUUGAUUCCCUGUCACACACGACUUUGAAUUCAGUUCUACAAUAUGGCACCCUGGGCAAGUGUCUUCUACUAUAGUCUCAGGCAGACCAAAACCCCAUGAAUAGAUUAAGUAGGCAAAAGCUGAAAAAAGUUUGUCAUUUGUGUUUGUGUGUCUGUACACCUGCAUUAGUGUGUGCUUUCAUUUUUUGUGCUUGCUUCUACAAAAGUUACUAUCUACAAUUGGUAAUGAUGUUGCCACCAAUUCUAUCAACAAAUUGUCCCUUUGCAUCAUAUCUUCAAAGCAAAGUGGAAUAAGUGAUUCCUUCCUUGAAAAACAGGUAAGGAUUAGCAACAGAAAGGGCUGCAAAACACCUCAAUAACAUAUUUGUCUAACCUAUGCUAUCAUGAAAAAACAGACAUAAAACCAUGUGUACUUAUUUAUUUGUAUUUUCUAGGUCAUUCAACCAAUUUUGAUAUCGGAUAUGUGCAAUCAGUAGUUGUGACAGUAAUUAUAGUAAUGAUGUUUUACUUCCCUCGCUGGCUCCUGUUCUGAUUUUGUGCUAUCCUUUGCCAAUAGGGCCAACUUUCAACAGUUAUUCUAUGCAUUGUUAGCAUGGACCUGCAAUUUCUAAAUAACAUUGAAACUUGCUUAGCAUUUGGCUUGUGAAAUCUAUAUUCAAGCUAGUUCUUCUUGUGCAAAUAUUAUCUCUAGUUCAUCUUGCAUUUAUCAUUUUUGAUCUUUCUCUUCUUUUAUCUGAAUCUUAAUUUUAUUGUUAGGAUUUCUGAAGGUUAAUGGAUCUGUUUGUUCAUUUUAUAAAAUAUUUAUGUAAAAGUAAUGUAGUUAGAAAAAGAAAGUUUUCUAUGCAAUAUAAAAGUGAAGGAUGUUCAUGUGAUUGCAUUAUGAUGCAUUUCACUAAACUAUCUUAUAGAUUUCCCUGUGAUCUAAAAUAGUGAGAAUAAAGAAAAUACUCUACCUCAUUUCAGAACAGUUUGUUUCAGUAUUUAGGGACAAAAACAAAUCAGACUAAAUCAAAAUGAAAAUGUAAAUUGAAUUUAUUCAAAGCUUUUUCUCUGCUAUUACUAUAUUAUCUAAAAUUAGUUUGCAUUAUAUUAUUAAUUGCCUUUCAAAUGUAUCAAAUAGUUAUGAACUAACAGUGGAUCUUUACCACCUGGUCCUGGUAAAGGGUCAUGGGUACUGCCUUUAUCCCUGUUUAAAAGAUUAAAAAAGAAAGAAAACCUUACUUGCAAGAAAUAGCAACCAUAUCACUCCCAAAUUACACCCUGCUGUUUUAGAAAAGGUUGGACCCUGGAUAUAUGAUCUCUGAAAACAAGACAGUAUAGUCAUGGCUUUAAUCAUAGAUUUAUCUGCUCAGGCCUAAACAAUAUCAAACAAUCUAAAGACUAGAAUUCGAUUGUAGAUCAUGGUCUAUAUUUUAUCUCUUCUAUAUUUGUGAUGCCAAAUGCUUUUAUUGUUCUUUUUAGAGAGAUUCUCCUAAUAGUUAUAGGGCUUCGUUUCCUUGUUUUGGUUUUUCUCCUUUUGGUAUAGAUUGUUUUUUAAUCAGUAUUUUCUUCUUUCAUUCCUUAAUUGUACAUGAAGGAUGUUAAAUCUAUACAAAAGGAAUAGUGAAGUGUCAAAUGUUAUGAAGAAGGUAUUUUAUAAGUAUUUAGUUUUAAGUUUAAUUUAAAGGAAAAGUGUUGAUCAUGAAAGGAUUAUUUUGUUUAGAUACCAACCAUACUGAGUUUUCAUUUACCAUGUAAAAGUGAGAUUAGCAGUAUAUGUUGUUUAUUAAACCAGAACUUAAUGGUAUGGGGGACCUCAAAAGCUUACCAGUUUUGCAUUAGGUCCAUUAUAUUGCUCUCAUUACCUUGUUUCAUUUCCAUUUAUCACAGAUAUCAUUUAUUUGUAACUAAAUUUACAUUAGUUUUACUUUUUACAUCUAUGUGGGUUUUUUUUUUUUUAGAAGAAAUGGAAAAAGUGGGGGAAAAGAAUAAAGAUUGAUCUCAUUUU